GGUUUCAGCGCAUGCUACUUAGCAUGUUUAAGCUAGGAUUUUUAUUUACAAUCUUGAUAAGGCUCAUACAUAUUAAAUUCACUGUUCCAUAUCUAUCUAAAUUGAUAUCUGAGUGUUGAAAUUUGAGUGAUAAAGUCGGGCCCGUGUGUACCGGCCGUCAUCUUGUUUUCGCGUUGAUGCAUAGCAGAGGAAAGAAAGAUGGCGGCCCCAUCAAGCGCCAAACAUUUUCGAUUUCCUGCGAGAAUCUGCAAGCAAAUUCGAUGUUUCUCUCACACAGUGGCAAGUGUUAGAGACUUCGAAUAGGCCUAGGUGAAGCAGCAAAGUGCAUUAUGGCAGCACAAAAACAGAGCCGAGAAGUGUUUGAAAUCUGUCCCAGGUUGGUACCCCUCAACCAACAACAGACAUGCUGGGAAGGAUUGAUUUGUGUCAAGGGAAACGAGCUUCAUCUCAGGAUUGAAUUGCCCAAAGAUGGAGACCACCGGAAAGCAAGAUUGUUUGGUGAUUGGUCGCUGAAUCAGCAUCUCCGUAGUUACCGUCACCUCAUUGGCCAACGAUUAUUGAACACGCCAGACCUGGCCACUUUUUUAAGCGAGCUCAAGAAUAUCCUAGAACAUACAAUGGAACAUCACAGCGAAGCCAGCAAAGCCCAGCCCGGCGUUACCAUGGCAACACGAUGCUCCCAGGUGAUUCACGAUGUGGCGCGUCUGGGUUGGGAGAAGCUCUCUUCCAUUGACUCAUCUUUCAGCAGUCUUCAGUUGAUCUGUCAAGGGCCUGGAGGCAGUAAGCAUUACAUCACAGUACACCUAGAUGCCCAGCAUCCAAUUGUCGCACCAACAUGUUCAACAGACUUACCAGGAGAGACCUUUGAAUUACUCUGGACACAUCAGAGCACGCUGGCCGACAUCUACAGACAGUUUGAGGGGAGCUUGGCCAAGUACCGAGAAUUCUGGGACACCGUAGCAGAAAUUGACAACCAGACGUGGGUGCUGGAACCGGAGAGGCCAAAGCCAUCAGAUACAUCCAGAAGAAUUGCCCUAGGCAACAAUUCUUCUAUUCAAGUCACAGUGGAUCCUCUCUAUCCAAGAAUGCUUCCAGAAUUUAAAUUCCUUGGAGCUGAUCAUGUCAUCAAUCCUAUGCGAGAGAAGUUGAAUGCUAACCUCAAGGCUUGGGAUCCUGGCAGGAGUCUCCUUAGUAACCUAAAGGCUCUCCUAGACAUCCACUUCCCAUCACCUCAGUCCAGCAGAAGAGAGGAUUUCAAUGAAGAAUGUGGCAUCUGCUACUCGUACCGACUUGAGGGCGCUAUACCAGACCGUGCCUGCGACAAUCCACAGUGCAACAAACCAUUCCAUUACAGCUGCCUGUAUGAGUGGCUGUGCUGUCUUCCAACCAGUCACCAGACAAUGUCCAAAUUUGGAUUCAAUACCAUAUUUGGGAAAUGCCCCUACUGCGAGGAGCCAGUCAAGAUCAAGAGGGAAAACAACAGAUGACAAUGGAGCAUUGCGACAGACGAGGACGUGUUGUGAACUGCCGGGCUGCAGUGGGGUUUACAGUGUUUUGGGUUUCGAUUUGUUUUGAGGGUUUUUCCCACUGGAGAUUUGGGCUGCAUCCGAAUCUGUUGUCUGCCAGGUCUAGGUCUUCGCUCCAUUGGAAAUGCGUGGAGACGCACAGACAAUAGACCUAGCCGUAGCUCUGGAAGCCCGUUUCGGACACGGUCUUGUUUCCUUGCAGAGUUAACUUGAAGCCGGUUUUGGUGGCUAUAGAAGCUUGAUAGGAACUUAAACCAAACAACCGUGGGUUACCUUGACUUGAACAGGUCAUUUCUUGCCUGGUUCUCCUUCGGUAUGCAUGCUUUGCGGGAAGUCGUAGCAACAUAACUUGCUAACAAAAUAUCGGACUAUGUAAAUGAAGUUCCUUGCCCAGAUCGACACUGGAAUAAAGUGUUGUCAUCCUAGGACGAACACUUAUGGAUCUCAUGCCAAAAAAUGACCUGCUGCUUACAAAGCCCCAGACUUAUUUGGUAGAUAUAACGGCACAGACCUUCACUGGUAGCCUGCAACCCCUGAAGGUCAGCAGAAUUCCAUUCAGCUAUAAUAAAAAAGACUUCCCUGUUAAUUGAGAGGUCUGUAAAAGGCAGAGCCAGAAAUCAGUCCGUGAUGUUUGUUGUUUUGUAGUAGUGAAACUAACACACAUUUUACAGUCGUUAAUACAAAGCGCCAGUCUAACGCCGCUAGAAGGAAGGGGAAAAAUAGUGAAAUCAGUGCGUCUCACCGCUACUUCCAUUCUUGGACUUGACGCGCUCGUGCAUUGGCAAAUCAUGACACCCUUUUGGUCGUAGUGGCAUGUAACGCGCGCACCAGCUGUUUGCAAGCGCUGUGUUACCGGCGGAUUAAAAUGGUACCGUCUUGAAAGGACAUUUUUAAAUGUAAGCAAUCUUUCAUAGUUUAUGAGACAAAAUCUGGCCAGCAGCUUGAACUUUUCUCACCGUCAAUAGGAAUUUUAAUCAACUUUUCUGGGAACAAACUUAUUCAGAAAGUAAUUAAACGAUUUAAUGUACCAGUACUCUACCAGGUUCUUAAUAAAUCUCCCUUCAAAGGAGUAUUGCAAAGAGAA